AUGUCCGAGAAUAUCCUCUUCGAGAAUAGCUUCAAGAUCACCGACCUCAACGACACCAAGUAUGACAGAGUCUCCCGCAUCAAAGCCUACAGCGAGGGCGAGCAGGAAGUCCUUCUGACCCUCGACGUCAACACGGAACUGUACCCCCUCAACGUCGACGACCGCAUGACGGUCGCGCUGGCCCUCUCCCUCAACCUAGACGGGAGCAAAGACGACGGGAAGGGGUGGAGAGAAAUCGGGAGGGGAGAGCAGACGCUCGCCGACGAGUUCGACUAUGUCUGCCACGGAAAGAUCUACAGAUUCGAGGAAGGUAGCGGAGACAACAUCAAGCUAUACGUCUCCUUCGGCGGCCUGCUUCUCUACAUGGACGGCCCGUACGCACUGCUCAACGCCCUGAGAAUCGACUACGUGUACCUUUUGAUGAAGAAAUGA